AUGCGUUUCCUUGGUGUCCUAGUCCUAGCGUGCUCGCUGGUUGCUGUUGCUUAUGCCGCCUCGAGUUCUUCGAGUUCUUCGAGUACUUCGACUGGUACGGCUACAACAACAACCACAACAACAACGACAACAACAACAACAACAACCACGGAAGCAACAACAACGACAACUACGGAGGCAACGACAACAACCACAUCGUCAUCAGCAUCCUCAUCCUCAUCCAAGAAGAAGGUUAAAAGGCAUUUCAAAAGAGUAAAGAAGGAAAAGAAAAAUUCAAAGAGCAGUUCCAAGAAGAAGAACAAGAACAAGAAGAAGAAGAAGACGGUCACCCGUCACCGUCGAUCGGGAUAA